AUGGCACUUCAGACUGCCAACGCGUUCGAGAGGUCGCAUCGGGAUCGUCCGCCAUCUGCCGCGACCCACCAGGUAUCCCCAGGGGGUGCCCCAGCCUCCUCAGAUGAGGACGAGGUGUUUCAGGUCCAUCGGACCGCUCGCCUGACUCUCACCUGUCACCGUCCGUGGCAUCCUCCAGCACACCGGCAGCCUGCGCAAGCUGUGGAGAAGCACAUGAACAGAGGUCCUGCUGUUUUCGGGAUGCUGUCUGCCACUCCUGUGGAAAGCAGGGCCACAUUGCCAGUGCCUGCCACUCCAAGAGGAACAAUCGCCACACCACCACACACCAAGAAACAGCAGAACUCCACAGCACCUCGAUACACUGCAAUCAGGUAUCUACAGAAGUUCUUGGGAGCCUCUGGUCUAUACUGGCAGACCCAGUGGGAGAAUCUGUACCACAGUCUAGGGGGAAAUGAAUGGUUGAUUUUCUUCAUAGUCACACUCUUGGUCCCUGGGAUUAUUUUCUGGAGCUUCAAUAUGAUCCUGAUGGUGGUGGAUGUAACUGGAAAGCCAACCUUCAUCACACAAUAUCGUAUUCAGUUGGGGAAGAAUGACCCUGUUGACAGAACAAGACUGCACAAGACUAUCCUUAUGGGACUGUUAAAUCAAAUUUUCAUCUCUGUUCCGCUGGUGAUGUUGACUUUGCCCAUCUUGAAACAGAGGGGUGAUCCUUUCAGUUUGUCAUUGCCCACUUUCCACUGGUUUCUUUUUGAGCUAGCUGUCUUUACAGUACUGGAGGAAAUUGCGUUCUAUUACACUCACCGGCUUUUGCACUACCCUUUCUUGUAUAAACAUGUGCACAAACAACAUCAUGAAUGGACUGCUCCUGUGAGCAUUGCCAGUAUGUAUGUUCAUCCAUUAGAGAAUCUGUUUUCAUCUACGGGAUCUCUGCUGAUUGGCCCUGUCCUCCUUGGAUCUCAUGUUGUUUCAGUCAUGGCAUGGCUAAGUCUUGUUCUUCUGUUUGGUUCAGUAUCACACUGUGGCUACGAUUUGCCAUUACUGCCCUCAGCAAAAUUCCAUGACUACCAUCAUCUCAAAUUCAAUGAGUGUUAUGGGGUUUUGGGCUUGUUGGACUACCUGCAUGGAACAGACAAAACGUUCAGGCAGUCAAGGGCGCAUGAGAACGUCUCAGAAAGCAUCCUUGAAUUACCAAAAAAAUCUGAAUGA